CCCUCGUAAAACCUGCCUGAUCUCAACAUCUCCCCCCAGAGGUUGCCGUGAGGCUCUGAACAGAAUGGCGUGUGCAGGAAAAUGUGCGCGCUAGAAGCUCCACGAGUAGGUUCAUGGUCACAGCUGAACACCCGGGAAACAGCAGCGGGGGACUAGGAUGAUUGACAGCCCUCCGGAAUUGCUGAGCUGCAGGCGUGCUGGGAGAUAGAGGAUGCCACAGCCAACAGGUGGGUCGCAGGCGCAGGGAAGAAGGGGUACGCAAGGUCCCCGAGACACGUCACGGCUCUGCUGGGUGCCGCUGCUGAGGGCCUCACUACCUGGUGGGAGCAGCAGGGGCACCUCCCAGGACUGUGGUUUGUUAGCGCAGGUUGCAGGGGACGACAGGCGAGCUGCACAAGCCCAGCCCACCUGUCGGGCAGGUGGAGGUGAGCUGCCUACCCAGGGAACCAAAGCAGCCCCGACUUCUUCUUCCUUUGGCCGCUAGAGGGGACUCCUCCAGCCACUCGCCUGCACAGAAGCUCCGCCAGCCUGGGACUGGCAGACAGGGUGACAAAUCAAGUCUCGACCUUUGAAAGCAAAACACUGACUGCAGCCCCCUGGCAACUCGGAGCUGGGAAGGGAUCCAGGAGGCUGUACCUCAGGGUGGCACGGAGUGUCCCGGUUGCUUCUCCGGAACCUGGGAUAGGUGGAUCAAGAAGCAACGCCGCAGAGCUUGGCCAGAGUCAGAAGACACGCCUUGCCCUUCUGCUUGGGGGAGACCAUGAGCUGCCUCAGAGGAGCCUGAGGGGAAGGCUGUAAAUCAACCCAGAGAGCCCAGAGAAGAAGGCAUUUUGCUGAGGAAGAGGCCUAGGAGGCUGCCGGAAGGAGGGGAACACCGGGAGAGAUGGCUCCCAGUUUGCACCCUGCCUAGCGGAAGCCGAAGCCCCAGCUCCCAGCCGGGCCAGGUGGGAUGCGCCACUAGACAGCCAUGGAUGGGGCCCACAGCGCAGGCCUGCAGCUGCAGCCAUUCCCGACUACCAGCAGCUCCGUGAGCCUGAGCAGCAGCGAGGGAUCCUUCUCCUACAAGGAAAACUUGAUUGGCGCUCUCUUGGCAAUUUUCGGGCAUCUCGUGGUCAGCAUCGCCCUUAACCUGCAGAAAUACUGCCACAUCCGCCUGGCAGGCUCCAAGGACCCCCGGGCCUACUUCAAGACCAAGACAUGGUGGCUAGGACUGCUCUUGCUGCUGCUGGGAGAACUGGGCGUGUUCGCCUCCUAUGCCUUCGCCCCCCUCUCGCUCAUCGUGCCCCUCAGUGCCGUCUCCGUGAUAGCGAGCGCCAUCAUUGGAAUCAUAUUCAUCAAAGAAAAAUGGAAACCUAAGGACUUCGUGAGGCGCUAUGUCUUGUCCUUUGUUGGCUGUGGUUUGGCGAUCGUGGGCACCUACCUGCUAGUGACAUUUGCACCCAAUAGUCACGAGAAAAUGACAGGCGAGAACAUUGCCAGGCACCUGGUGAGCUGGCCUUUUCUCCUGUACAUGCUGGUGGCGAUCGUCCUGUUAUGCCUGCUGUUGUACUUCUACAAGGAGAAGAACGCCAACAGCAUCAUCGUGAUUCUCCUCCUGGUGGCCUUGCUUGGUUCCAUGACGGUGGUGACGGUCAAGGCUGUGUCGGGGAUGCUGGUGCUCUCCAUCCAAGGCAACCUGCAGCUGGACUACCCGAUCUUCUACGUGAUGUUCGUGUGCAUGGUGGCCACGGCCGUCUAUCAGGCCACGUUUUUGAGUCAAGCCUCUCAGAUCUAUGACUCCUCCUUGAUCGCCAGCAUAGGCUACAUCCUGUCCACCACGGCAGCCAUCACAGCAGGUGCAAUCUUCUACCUGGACUUCCUCGGGGAGGAAGCGCUGCACGUCUGCAUGUUUGCCCUGGGGUGCCUCAUCGCCUUCCUGGGUGUGUUCUUAAUCACGCGAAACAGGAAGAAGGCCAUUCCAUUCGAGCCCUAUAUUUCCAUGGACGCCAUGCCAGGUAUGCCGGACAUGCAUGCAAAGGGAACGACGGUCCAGCCCGACCUCAAAGCUUCUUUCUCCUACGGGGCCUUGGAAAACAAUGACAGCAUUUCUGAGAUCUACACCCCGGCCACACUGCCCGUCAUGCAGGAGGAGCACAGCUCCAAAAGCACCCCUGGGGUUCCCUACCGUGUCCUGGAGCACACCAACAAGCAGUGAUCUGCCUCCCUUGGGGGCAUAACUGCCCACAGCCCCGCCCCCCAUGGCUCCGCCCUUUUGUCCAACCUGCCUUUCAAGUAUCCUGGUUUUAAACAGAGAACUCUGUAAGAUGAUCUUGGGAGGCCCUUGUCUCUGGCAGAGGAGCCAUUCAAUGUCCUUGGCCUUGGAAGACAUUUCAAGUAGUUGGGGAGCAUGCCAGGUGGGCUGUAUGGCAGGUUAGCCCAGUGGGGGUUGAGUGAGCUUAGGUAGUGGCUGCAGCCUACCACACAUUCCCUAGAGCAAAGGCAAGACAGAGUCAGCCCCCUCUUUAUACAUCCAGCGAAAGGCUGGAGACCUCCACAGGCGGUCUUACUUUACCAACACGCAUGCCUCAGCUCUACCUGGCACACUCAUGAGUCUGUGACUAUAUUGGUGUCCCUUUUGCUGAGCCCAGCAGGGCCAGCCCUGAGUGGAACAAGCUGUCGUCUGCACCUUGUGGUAUCAUGGGCCUUCCUUCUAUGAAGACCUGCUGGUGAGUUCCUGCUGGGCCUGCUCUGGAAACCGGCUUGGUUCAAGUCCUGUGAAGAUUAGUUCAUUGUUUCCUCCCUCCAAAGAAGUCGAGCAAACAGAGGGUGAGGGGGGACAGGAGUAAGGCAAGGGGAGGGGGCUUUCAACCCUCUCUGCUUCAAACUGAUAGAUUCCUGGUGAUUUCUGGCCCGGUGACUUUCCUGCCAGCUUCGCGGGAUGUGCUGAGGCCCGAGUAGGACAGACUACUCUUCCUCUGGCACACCUGGCUCCUGGGAAGAGUCCGGAGCCCUCACACAGAUCCGCUUCCAUCUCCUCCCCUUCCGUUCCUUGUAGACCGCUAACUAGCUAAGCUUCACCACCUGUUUCCCAUCAAUGGAGCACCUGGGUCUCCGGCCCUGAGCUGGGUCCAGGCUGAGCAGGCGUUUCUCACACACAGGUCUGCAGCUUUCUCCUUGUCUGUAUCAUGGUUAGCUCCCCACCCUCACCCCCAUUCCCAGACCGAUGUGCACAUUUGAGAGUGGCAGGCAGAGGCUUGCAGGCUUUUAAGGGCAUCCGAAUCCCAUAGGAGUUUGUUUAAAAUGCCGGUUUCUCACUCCAGCUCUAGUGACCUGACUUGGGACCUGGAGUAGGACCCAAGAUUCUGCAUUAUUAGUGGGCAUCACAGGAGAUCUUGAAUCCCAGAACCCAGAAAGCCUACUCCCUUAGAAACCUCCUCAUGGGCCACUAAAUCCAGAGAGUGUCUACACAACCCUGCCAGAAGAUUCACACCUCCCAUUUUCUUACCCUCUCUGGGUUCUGCAGGCAAGCUGGAUGGCCCCAGAGGACCUAGGGCAGUCUCUACCCAGUAAACCCCGCUCUAAGGUGACAGUGUUAAUAGGUCAGUGUUGAUAAGCCAUCCUCGCCACAGCUCUUCACACCCAAACAGAAUGACGCCAUCUGGCACAGAGUCCAUAACCACGUCUGUAUUUCCUCUUGACCACGUCUGUAUUGUGGCUUACAUGCCUGAGGUAGAGACGGCGGCAGAGCAAAGGCUCCAUGGCUCAGCCACACUGAAGGGCUUUUUACCAUGUGUUUAGCUCACAGAACUACACGCACAGAGCUCUGCCCUCUGGGGCAGGCUGUGAUGCAGAGAAGGAUAGACACAGAGGCCUUCGUGAGGCUGGUCCCAGUACUCAGAGGGUGCUCAGAAGUGGAGGUGAUUUUCAUGCAUUCAUGGGUGCUGGCAAGUGUAGCUAAGACUAGAGAGCUCUCAAGGGAACGGGCAGCUUUGCAAAGUCAGAGAUUGGAGCCAGGGUUGUCAAAGAGCCUCAAAAGACAAGCAGUGAGGCCCGGCGUGGUGCUGCACGCCUUUAAUCCCAGCAUUCGAGAGGCAGAGGCAGACGCAGACAGAUCUCUAAGUUUGAGGCCAGCCUGGUCUACUGUUCCAGGACAGCCAGGGCUACAAAGAGAAGCCAUGUCUCAAAAAACCCAAAAGAAGAAAGAAGAAGAGCAAUGGAAGUCAUAGAUGGUUUCACACUGGUGGUCCCGGCACCUGGGAGGCUUUUUUCUUUCCUCCAGGAGGAUUUGCCACACGUUCUAGGCUAACCUGAGCUAGCCUGUGAGACCCUGUCUCAAAGCAAGAGGAGCAGUGAAGACAGACUCCUAGCGAGGCUUAACUACCUGUCGGAGGCAUGUGUUCCAGAGAGUGCGGGAGCCACAGAAGAUUUGUGAGGAAGAGGCUAGCAGGGCCAGCACCUACUGGAAAGGAAACCCUGUUCUGGGGUGGGAUUGGGGGGGGGGGAAGCAGGGGCAGGAGAUGGAGUAUUAAGUCACCCUCAGGGUCAGGCCCCAGGUCCCUAGGAGCAGAAUUAAAAUCAGAUCUUGUUUCUGUUCUGAUAGUACCUGUUCUGGGGUGCGUAGCGGAAGGGAGGUCUGAAGCUGACAGGGAUCGGGAAGCGGGUGAGCAGAGAGGUUAAGCAUGGCAACCCAGGUGGGCACCCAUCAUUUGGGAGUGGCAUGUGUGCCCAGCCUCCCUCUGCCCCUCCCUUCCCUCUUCUGUGGGCUGUUUAGCCCUGGCCAACCUGAGAUACAGGUACACUGGAACUGCAGUCAAAUGCAAAAGAGGUGGGCAGUGCCACCCAGGAACGCGAUGGCUUCUAGGCUGAGAAUGGUGGCCACCAUCUUACAAGUUGAACCGUGAGAGAUGAGCAGAAAGGCCUUUGAGCUCCUGAGUGGAGAUGGGGCAGGGCCGUGGGAGACCUGUUUCCAGAGUUCCCACCCUGUCCUAGAAGCCUUGAUUUGCCCCUAGGUGUCAUCAGAUAGUCAGCUGACUACAGGGCUGCACACUUCCUACCCACAGCCCUGACUGGUUUCACUCCUGGCUCUAACAGCACCUACCCACUCCCAUUCUUUCCCAUCCUCACCCUGAAGAUAGGCGUUAAAUAUGUAGCCCAGGCUGGUCUUGAACUCUCAGUCCUCCUGCCUCAGCCUCAGGAGUGCUGGGAUUAUGGCCGAGUACUACCUUGUCCAGCUCCCAGCUGAACUCUGCUGGCAACAUUAAAUGUCACACCGCUGCCUCUUCCCAGCCCCGAGGCACCUCCAACAGGUCACCAACUGUGGGUUCAACUUGGUUUGUUCUCUUGUCUUCCUCUCCCACCCCCACUCUGGCUCUCUGAUCUUCAGCCUGGGGUUCUGGGUCCCUGAAUAGACAUUAGAACAAAUGUUCGUGUGGAUGCUGCUUGAGAAGAGGGGAGCCCUGGCCCCACACUGCCGCCUGAUGACACCCUCACUUUCAGCACCGGGGCUUGGGGCAUCAGUGUGCAACUGAGUACUGGGUGCGGGGAGAGCCUUUCUGGUGGACCCAGCCAACUUGAGGGUACUGUACUAAUGGCCAUCAGAGAAGGACUGGGCCCUGCCCACCCCUGCAGCCUUGCAAAUUUCAAAUGUGACCCAGCCCUAACUGACAGUGAAGGCACCGUGUAAAUGAAGUCACUCUAGAAUAUAGUCUAUAGAUGCUUAUAUUUUGUUAACAUCAAAACUAAUACAGCAUGUGUUAGUUCACAAAGAAUGUGUGUACUGUGUGCAGAUAACAUUAUAAAGCGGUAUUUAAUUAAAAUUCCAAGCAGUA